AUGCCUCAAACAAUUCUAUCCUAUUAUAUAUUUCUCGAUGAUUUACAAGAAAUCUAUCAUGCUCGUGAUAUUGUAUCUGGACAUAUUCAUUUAGAAUUGAAAAAUCCGUUAACAAUUCAAUGUAUUCAAGUUCGAAUUCAUGGCAGAGCGAAGACUCAAAUUCAGUAUGGACCUACAAACGAUUUGAGAUACGCUUACAGUAAGCGUAAUAUUAUUGAUUCCAUGAUCACCGCAAGUACAGAAGAUACUGAAACAGUGGAAAACCCAGGAGUUCUAUUUCCUGGAAAAUACAACUUUACCUUCGCUUUUCAAUUGCCGAAAAUCCAACUACCAUCUACCUUCGAGGGUUUAUAUGGCAAUAGCAUUCGUUACAUGAUUAAAUCUUAUUUAAUAUCGCAUGAAUCUAUGACUAGGAAGGUUAAAUUUAAGAAAAUAUUCCUCUAUCAUGAAACUAUGCCUUCACGUCUUAGUCAUCUCAUGGCGCCUUCAGAAAUGGUGGAGACUGAAAAAACACUCUGUUGCUUUUGUUGUAAGUCGGGCCCUUUGCUGCUAAGGGCACAGAUUGAUCGAACAGCAUGUAGAAUAGGUCAAGAUAUUAAAAUUAUUACAUCGCAAGUGGAAAAUGGCACAAAUCUAACGUUAUCAGGUAUUUGGGCCGGAUUCGUGCAAACUAUCAAUCGGGAAGCAGAAGGUCGUUAUUACAGAGAUAAGGUUGUAUAUUGCUUAUCUACCUCUGGAGAAGCCAUUCGACCAAAUGGAAGGGCGAUCUGGAAUGAUCAUGUAAUUACAGUACCCGAUGUGUCCCCAACCAAUACAAAGGUGGAUAUUUUGAAAGUGGAGUACUAUUUGAAGAUAUUUGUAAAUAUUCCAUCUUCCAAAACUUUACAAUUAAAAUUCCCGAUUAUAAUUUCUAAUACAUUAUAG